UCCCAUCCCCGAGAUAGAUUCUGGUCUGGUCCAGUGUGUGUAAGCUUCUCCCUUCUUCUGAUCGUGUGUGUGUUAGAGAGCUUGGGUGGUUGCACGUACGAGGUACGUGCGUGUCGAUCGGGUGGUCGAUCAUGGCGAUGGCGCAGGGGCAGGGGCAGGGGGCGGCGACGUCGCUGCCGCCGGGGUUCCGGUUCCACCCGACGGACGAGGAGCUCAUCCUGCACUACCUUCGCAACCGCGCCGCCGCCGCGCCGUGCCCGGUCUCCAUCAUCGCCGACGUAGACAUCUACAAGUUCGAUCCAUGGGACCUCCCUUCCCAGGCGGUGUACGGCGACUGCGAGUGGUACUUCUUCAGCCCGCGGGAUCGCAAGUACCCCAACGGCAUCCGCCCCAACCGCGCCGCCGGCUCCGGCUACUGGAAGGCCACCGGCACCGACAAGCCCAUCCACGACCCCGCCACCGGCCAGGGCGUCGGCGUCAAGAAGGCGCUCGUCUUCUACAAGGGCCGCCCGCCCAAGGGCACCAAGACUGCCUGGAUCAUGCACGAGUACCGCCUCGCCGCCGACCCCCUCACCACCGCCGUCAACACCUACAAGCCCAUCAAGUUCCGCAACGUCUCCAUGAGGUUGGAUGACUGGGUGCUAUGCCGGAUCUACAAGAAGACCGGCCUGGCGUCGCCGAUGGUGCCGCCGCUGUCCGACUACGACCACAUGGCCGACCACGACGACCUCUCCGGCGGCGGCAGCACCUUCGACGACGCCGCCUGCAGCUUCUACGCGCACUCCAGCAGCAGCAGCAGCGCCAGCAGAACCAUGAUCACGCAGCAGCCGCCGCACGCCGGGGGACUCCCCACGAUCCCGUCCUUCUCCGAGCUCUUCGACGACUACUCGCUCGCGCAGAUCCUCGACGCCGAGGCCGAGCACGGCGCCACCCACCACCUCGCCGUCCACCCUUCCCUGAACAUGCUCCUCCCCGUCGGCGACAACGCGCACGGAGUACAGCCGUCGUACUACGCGCCGUCGUCGUCGCCGGACGCCAGCGGCGGGAGCGCGGGGAAACGCAAGGCCGCGAGCCCGGAAGAGUCAUCGGCCAAGAGGCUUAACGGGUCGUGCUUCGACGCGCCGCCGCAGUCGGCGAACAGCUGGCAGGGGGCGGCGUCGGUGCUGGGCGGCCUCGGUCAUCAGAUGCUUCCUCAGUUCUAAGCUGUAAUUAAAUUUAACUUAAAUCGGUCGUGUAAGCGCGCGCGGCGACAUGAAACAAUCUUAGGCUUCAAAAAAGAAGCAUGAAACAAUCUUGUACUAGUACAUGCCAAUAGGCUAUCAAGAAUUCAAGAUAGAUAAUACUGUGGUGUAGAAUUAAUUAUUCUAUUAUUGAACAAGCAGACAUGUACAUAAUUUUUUU